AUGACCCGACAAAAAGGUCUAAGGAUGCAGACCUAUUAUAAUUCAGGUAUACGAGGUCCGGCGUACCUUUGGUUUCAGUCUUACCUCAACAGUAGGAAACAAAUUGUGGAAAUCCUGCAUCAUGAUAAGGAUACAACUGAAAUCCAAACAAUACAGUCGGAUAUCAUGGAUUUAACGUGCUCUAUACCACAAGGGACCGUUUUAGGAUGUAUGCUAUUCUUAGCCUACAUAAACGACUUAUCAAAAUUUUUGAUUAGCGAAUCUGUACAACCUGUACUUUUUGCCGACGAUAUAUCAAUUUUAAUAAAAAGUAAUAGUGUUGGUAAUAUGAGUCAAAUAACAAACGAAACCCUGGAAUUAGUAACGCUUUGGUUACAAAAUCAUAAUUUAGAAAUUAAUAACGAAAAAACUAAAGUUAUGGAGUUUAGAUCAUACGGAAAGCCUCCUUUAAAUUUAAAAAUUAAUUAUCGAAACGCAGAUCUCGAAACUGUAGAAUCGUUUAAUUUGCUCGGUAUGACCAUUGACACGCACUUAAAUUGGAAGUCCCACGUAGAAUCCAUUAAAUGCGUGUUUACUCUAAGCACAUGUUCGAUACAUAGUGAUAAAGAAACAGCGACUGAGGGCCGUGCAGAAAGAGGUAUUCUUUUUAUAACUGCAACUGCAUUUUUGAGAUUACCAACAGUUUGGCAAAGUGCACUACAUGGGAAUACAACAGAUGAAGAAAACCAUACUAGUCUCUCGGAGUACCAUGAUUAUGAGCCACGAUUGGAAUUUGAUGAUUCUGAACUGACUCAAACAGCAGGCCUUGCGCCUCUGCCUCCGGAGCUGCUGGACAUAUCUGAAGAAUUCCUCGAGCAUUCGGCUAGCGAUGGGACAAUCGAGGAAAACUUUGAAGAAGAACUUGCACGCGCCCCAGAGGUGUAUGCUGAGAUAUGCGGAUCGUCGAUGGAUGACGAUAACUUUGCAGAAUUAAAUGGAACAGGCUUGAUAGAAGUAGUUGGCGACGACGAAAUUGGGCGGCGGAUCAUUGUUGUAUCCGCAUGCAGACUGCCACCAAGCAAAGAUAUGCACCCUGACAAACUAUUAAGAUAUUUCAUGUUCACUUUGGAUAAAUACGUGGAGCAAGACUACAGCGUUGUAUACUUCCACUGCGGACUCACUAGUAAGAACAAACCUCCACUUUCAUGGUUGUGGAAGGCAUACAAGGCGUUCGACAGAAAGUACAAGAAAAACUUGAAAGCUUUAUAUCUUGUACAUCCGACUAACUUCAUACGGAUUGUAUGGCAGAUGCUAAGACCGGCCAUUAGCGUGAAGUUCGGAAGGAAGAUGAUGUAUGUGAACUACCUGCAUGAGCUAAAACAAUAUUUAAAUUUGGAGAAGUUGUGCAUACCGCGGCCAGUGCUUGAAUACGAUAGUCUGCUUCUAUCUAAAAACCCCCGUGCGGCUGAAACUGCCAGAAUGACAAAGGAGCGUUUAGAGAAACCGUUAGACCAAAGCGACGCAAAAGCCGAGCCUGUGGAGAGUCUGUCCCCUCCGCCCACCCAGCAGUUUGGUGUCUCCCUACAAUUCAUCAAGGAAAAUAAUCCCAACAUGGUGGAGUGCAUACCGCCGGUCGUUAGGCAGUGCGUCGAGUUCUUAUCGCAGCCAGACGCUCUAGAGACCGAGGGUAUAUUCCGUCGAUCAGCGAACAUAUCGGUGAUAAAAGAAUUGCAAAGGGCAUGCAACAGGGGUGAGCCGAUAUCUUUCAAGAACGACCCCCACAAUGCGGCGGUGCUCCUUAAAACCUUCCUGCGGGACCUAGAGGAACCCCUCAUGACCUUCGAGCUGUACGAUGAGAUACUGAAGUUUCAAACUUGGUCUCACCGAGAUAAGCCCAGACAAGUCAAAAUUCUGAUAUUGGAAGGCAUACCUUCGGAUAAUUAUAGACUCCUGAAAUACAUCAUCAAGUUCCUAUGGAAGGUCCAGGACCGGAGUUGCCUAAACAAGAUGACUAGUAGCAACUUAGCCGUCGUGUUCGGACCAAACUUGGCUUGGCCGCCAAAAGGGCAAAUGUCACUGCAAGCCAUCGCACCAAUCAACGCGUUCACAGACUUCUUACUUGAGAACCAAGAGUCCAUAUUCAUCCUCUGA